AAAUGUUAUAUAUAGUUUUCUAAAACUAGACAGAUUUUGUAAAUAUUGUAAGUUUCAUUUUAAAUAUAGGCUUAACUUGUGGGUUUAUGUAAGUUUUUUUUAGUUUACUCAGUAUUUUGCAAUCACUUGGAAAGCGAACUUUUGUAACAGGCAUCUCAGUAAACACGCCUCCGAGGACUCUAACUACUGCCAUAUUGCCACCGAGGACUUUUUCUUUUACUCUCUCCGAGUGAAAAAGCGCACAAUAUGAUUCACAGCUUGUUCCUGAUUAACAGUACCGGUGACAUAUUUCUGGAAAAACACUGGAAGAGUGUGAUCAGCCGCUCUGUCUGCGAUUACUUUUUUGAAGCUCGGGAGAAAGCAGGGGAACCUGAUAACGUGCCUCCUGUGAUCUGCACACCUCAUCACUACCUCAUUAAUAUCUAUCGAGAGAAAAUCUUUUUUGUCUCUGUCAUCCAGGCAGAAGUCCCCCCUCUGUUUGUUAUUGAAUUUCUUCAUCGUGUUGCUGAGACAUUUCAGGAUUAUUUCAGUGAAUGCUCAGAAGCUACGAUCAAGGACAAUGUCGUAAUCGUAUAUGAGCUGCUCGAAGAAAUGCUGGAUAAUGGCUUCCCUCUGGCCACGGAGUCCAACAUCCUGAAAGAACUUAUUAAACCUCCUAACAUUUUGCGCACUGUGGUCAACAGCAUCACAGGCAGCAGCAAUGUUGGCAAUACUCUCCCUUCUGGACAACUAUCCACUAUCCCAUGGAGGAGAGCGGCUGUAAAAUACACCAAUAACGAGGCCUAUUUUGACGUGGUGGAAGAAAUUGAUGCCAUCCUGGAUAAAUCUGGCACAACAGUGUUUGCAGAAAUCCAGGGAGUAAUUGAUGCUUGUGUGAAACUAUCAGGAAUGCCUGAUCUUACACUUUCAUUUAUGAACCCCAGGCUACUGGAUGAUGUGAGCUUCCAUCCAUGUGUCCGUUUCAAGAGAUGGGAGUCUGAGAAGGUUCUCUCCUUCAUCCCCCCUGAUGGAAACUUCCGACUUAUUUCUUAUCACGUGACUGCACAAAAUUUGGUUGCAAUCCCAGUGUAUGUGAAGCAGAAUAUAAAUUUCUUUGAGACCGGAUCCUCUGGAAGGCUGGACAUCACAGUGGGUCCAAAGCAGACCAUGGGGAAGACCAUAGAGUGUGUGGGAGUCACAAUACACAUGCCAAAAGUUGUCCUCAGUGCCAAUCUCACAGCAACUCAGGGCACUUACACCUAUGACCCAGUCACCAAGAUUUUGGUGUGGGACAUUGGUAAACUCAACCAACAAAAACUGCCAAAUUUAAAAGGAAGUCUGAGCUUACAGUUAGGCUCUCCAAAACCAGAGGAGAAUCCCAGUCUAAACAUUCAGUUCAAGAUUCAACAGCUAGCUAUUUCAGGACUGAAAGUGAAUCGACUGGACAUGUACGGAGAGAAAUACAAACCAUUUAAAGGUGUUAAAUAUAUAACCAAAGCUGGAAAGUUUCAAGUGAGAACCUGAAGCUGUCUUUAAACCUUUACAAAACAUUAUAAACAUGGCAGCAACAUGUUCCUCUAUGUGACAAAUCAUAUUUUCCAAUAAUUUCAAACUACUUCAUAUUGCCAGUGUUGUGUGUUUGGGGGGGGGGGUUCUUUACUUUGAAGAACAUUCCUUUUUUGUGCUUAAUAAUAACAACAGACGUUCACAUAUUCACACCAGAAAGAGUUCUCUUGCUCUUGCCUGCUUUAACCAGAGAGAAGCUUCAUGAAGUUGCCAAUUUGAGUUUUCAAAUUUCUGUCUGGGUGACCCAGUGAAAAAGCACGUUUUACUUGAUAUAUAUAUUUAACCAGCCUAAGUAAUAGUGGAUAUAUUUUACAUUUUUCAUUCUUGCACAUUUUAAGACACUCCAAGUGUCUUUGCCAAGCAGUUAAGAAAUAUUUAGGUGCCCUAUCAUCAGCGUAGUGCAAAAGUAUUAAGUGGUCUUUUGAAAAAGAAAAUUGAAGAGGCCUUUCUUAAAAAUUUAGCUAUGUCUUAAGUAGCUGUGCUGUUACUCAAAAACACUAUACAUCCUAAGAUUUCACACAGGAGGGAAGAGGAGUAAAGAGCAGAUGGAGUGUAUUAACUCAGAACUUGGUUCUUGUUUAAAGUGCGAAGUAUUUGUAUGAACUGCUAAUGAGCUAGUAUAAAUAGUUUGAUGCAGGUACUAUGUGAUAAAGGUGACUUUGAGGUCCUACGUUAGUAGUUAGCCGGCUUGCAGACGUGGCAGGUAUGUGAGUCUUUCAGAGUUUUUCACGUUCUGAAGGGAGAUAUCUUUUGUAAGAUUAAGAGAUAAUUAAGUUAAUUCUAUUUGACAAUAUGUAUAUAUAAACCUAAUGCCUUGACAUUUAUAAACAUUUUGGCCAAUUAUGCCCAUUGUGUGUUUUUC